CCAUUAUUAUCCAUUAUAAAAAGUUGAGAUCCCCAAUACAAUAUCUGCACUCAACUCCACCGCGGCUUAUUUCUAUCCAUGGCUCAUAACACUCGGCUAUGAUGUACCCUCUCACGUGAACGAUUCGAUGUUCCAUCACAGGAGGGACUUGUUAAUACGAAAACAUAAUUGGACAUAUAACACAACAGAACUGGUUGGUUUAAUAUUGCCAUCCAAAGAUAAUUAUGCGGAAAAAAAACUUAUCUAUUUAUCAGUUCAGUGUAGCACACAGACUGUGGUAGUAAUAGUUAAAUCUGGCAGUUUUGUGGAAUGAGAAAGUUGUGCUUUUGGUUAUAAUGAUGACCUCGAGGUGUAUCCUUAUGGUCCAACAUAUGGCCAAAGCCUGAGCCGAUCAUGACGCAAGCUGGCUCGAGACUCAAGCAAAAGAGUAUUUUGGGGCGUCAAUCAAGAUUUAGGCGCUAAACAUCAAAUAUUAUAUUUUGGUCUUGCUCCAUGUUUGUUCAAGGCCGCCAUGAUCUUCACAUGUCGAACCAGGCAGGGUUAUUACAUGUUAAAUCGAAGGGGAUUUCCCUGUAGAGUAAAUUCCGUUUUCGCUGUAAAAGUGGUCAGUGCGCUUCUCGCGGUAAUUGGCGGUGUGAAGGGUGAACCAGCAACCGUACCAUGUGCAGUGGCCCCCUUGCCGAGUAACAAAUCAGAGAACAGCGUUAUCCUAGAUGUGAAUGGCAACAGCUCGCUGAUUUGCCCCCUUGCAUAUGCUUAUAAUGUCACUGAGAUUCGCUGGAUGAAGGACGGCAAGUUAUUAGACCCUAGAAGACGAUCAACCGAGUACCGUGACUACGCUGUGCUGAGAGAUGGGAACACAUCCAUUCUUAUGUUAAGGAACGUUUCCACGCGCCAUACCGGAGGGUACCGCUGUAUCACCAGCCGAGCAGGAAAACAUCCCUUAUCGUUCACUCAAUGCUUCCUCAAUGUUACGCUAAGCGAGCGUCCACGAAUUCUUCGCAAGCCGUUGCACCUUUUUACUCCACCCUUACAAAUCCUAACCCGAGACCAACCUCAGACGUUCCACUGUUACGCGGAUGGGCAACCCGCACCUCGCUUAGCAUGGCUGAAGGAUGAUCACGUGAUCGGUGAGAACCAGAAGGGAUACAGACUGGCGAAAAGAGCGCGAGGACUGGAUCUGACAAUAAUGUUAGCCCAGGCAAACAGCGGCGGCAACUACACGUGCCUCGCGGUGAACAGACUGGGCCGAGCUGAAUACCAUAUAUGGGCGGUGUUAUCAGAGCAUAUUUCCCCUGAAAAGCCGGAAGUGACAGCAGAGCUACCUGUGGUCCUCGUUAGGUUUGGUCACCCAGCUAAUCUAACUUGUCGCAGUACGCAUGCGCCUAAGGUUUACACUAUUUCGUACUGGAUGUACGGAGGCAAAGUGGUGGAGAACAUGGGAGAUGAGUACAGCAUCACCCGUACCUGGGGCAAGGGCAAAGGCGCUAACAGCUUGAUGUUGAACUUGCAAGUCAGGAAUGUGACGGAGGAAACCGCUGGGAAUUACUCGUGCAUAGUGCAGACGCAUAUAGGGCCAGGAAGCGCAGACACAAGACUAGUGAUAGACCUCGAUAGACCAGGAGUUUCAAAGAUGGUUUCAAAAGCACACACCCUCGACCAGAGGAUGAUCGUUAUCAUGAUAUGUAUAGUGACGGGAGCUCUAAUAGGGAUGGCAACUGCCAUGAUGGCGAGAUACCUCCGAAAGAGACGGACAGACAAGUUGAUGCGAAAUAUCAGUAAUCAGUUGGAAUUUCAUUACGACGUGUUCAUAACGUACAGCGGUAAGGACUACCGCUGGGUCCGCGACGAGCUGAUACCGGUACUGGAGGCAAACGACAUACGCUACAGCAUUCACUGUAGAGACUUUGAGAUCGGCAAGGCCAUCUUAGAUAACAUGGCAGAGUUUAUCUACAAGAGUCGUAAGAUCAUAGCUGUUAUGUCUACGAACUACAUGUCUAGUCGGUUCUGCCGAGGUGAACUAGAGAUGGCACUGUAUCGCAGCACCGAGAUGUCAGAUACAUCGCUUAUACUCAUUCGGAUCGACAGUGUUAGUAAGCGAAAACUACCUAAGUCCAUACGAAAUAGGACGUUCCUCGACUACUAUGAUAGAAAUGAACGAAAGGGAUGGAAGCAGAGGCUAGUGAAACACAUACAGAGCCCUGUGUUUUAUAUGAACAGCGAUUCCACAUCAGAUGAUCUUCAAAGCUCGGCUCCUAUCCUAGGAAACGCUGAGUGUUAGACAAAAACUGUCGAUCUGUCGAUUUCCAAAUGGCAGCAAGCCGCCAUUUUGCCAUCCCAGCAAAUUACCAAUUGUGUGAAAGCAUUCAUUCCCUUGUCUUCUUCCCCCCCUCCCCCCCACCACCACCACCCAGAUUUUAUCUCAAGAUUUGCCUUCCAAUACUGAAGAAUAAACAAUAACAAAGGUGACGCCAAAGUUGGCUUAUGAAUUAAGGUUAUCAGCACAAUAACGCCCUGAAAUCUGGCUAAUUUUCAGAAGGCAGUUCACGUCUGUAUGCCGUGAUCUUUCAGUUAAGAGGCUUGGCAUUGUGACUGGUCAGCUAUAUUUCGCUCUAAUUUCCGUACACUGUAUAGAUAUUACUCAUCAAAUAGUGCGCACUACACAGAUUAUCCAUCAAACAGUGCACACUGCACAUUAGUCAAUAGCAUUCCCAGAAAUAAGAGACAACAUGGCCGCGUCACAUGCGUAAUAGUGCUACAAUGUCAAAAUGGCUGCCAUUUAUUAUAAGGAAAUGUGGGGAGACAUCACAAUUUAUCAAAUUUUCUCGUUUCAGAGAUUUUGGGCUCACGAUGCAGGACUCGAAAAAAAAAAAAACCUUGCCAUUCGAGUGAUACACUUUCCGUUCAAACGAUGCCAGAGAAAGCCCUAUAAUUGUUCCUUGGACAUUGCACUUUUGUUCGCUUGAGAGCAUACAACCCUCCAUACAUUCUCUGUAAUUUCAUUGAAAUCGGGCAUAAAAGAAGUCGUUUAAGAGAUAGAACUGUUCGCCGCAUCACAGGUGCAGGACUCGAAAUUGGUAAAUCGACUAUCCUUCCAUCAAAUUGGCCAAUAAAAUAGGCAGUAGCGCCUUCCAAUCUUGUUCCCGAAGAAAUAACAUUUGAUGUAGUUAUGCCUAGUUCAGGAACCAUUAUUGUUGUCUUUAAGAUACAGACUGAAGCAAGAAAAAAGGGUGCGCUCCGCAAGAACAACUUCUCUCCGUCCGUUAAACGGCCCCACGGCUUUCUGGGAUAGACACAGGGGAACCAUAAAGCCUUUCUAAAAUACUUUUUUUUAAAUUGCGCAUAUGUGUUUUCCAACCUCAGCAAGACUGCCGCACUUCCAUUAUCAUUGGACGUAUCAAAUCAGAGAUGCUCCUUGCACGUUUAAAUACCGCUAAUACUACUUUAAUUUGGAAUUUUAGUCAACCUGAUUAAAAACUUCUAGUGUAACAACAAAAGGGAAGCCCCUGUGCUGGCCGGAAUCUCGUUUUUAUUUGUGAUACCGCUGUUAUUCCUCGCGGGCCUAGCAAAAUGUGAGCCCAGAGAAACCGCUGGCUAAUGUCCCUUAUUUCUGGGAAUGGACAGUGCGCAAUGUACAGAGAUUUACUCAACAGACAGUCCGCACUGUUCAGGUAAUUACGUGGUCAACAUAGUUUUAUGCUCUAUGGGAAAUUAUUCUUAGAAACACAAUUUGGGAACCUAGCCCUCUCCCAACAAACAAAAGCUUGCGUUUCCUUCCAUUAGUUUAAUAAUUUGGACAGCACAUAUCGGCUUUCUUUUUGCGAACAUGAUUUUCGACUAUAGCCCUUCAAAAUUACGUGCUAAUCUGUAGAACCAAGAGACCAUGAUAUAAGAGAACGAAUCCCCGUGGCCCAUGAUGCCGUCCAUGCAAGCUAUUUUUAGAUUGCGCGAGCUUGUCAAUCAUAGCAUCCAUAUAUGGUUCAUCGCGCCAUAUUUGGUUAUGGGCACCUCACGAGCUAGUACAUUUUCACAAUUUUUUCCGUCUGCACUUCUUGACUUCGUUCGCUACCUGUUUUUAUCCUUUUAGCUGCUUCUCAUAGCUCAUGAUUACAAUGCUACUUGUA